UAGAAAAGUGAUCUUUUUUGCUAAUAUUGAGCAGUAUUUGUGGAUAUAAUAACUAAUAUGUUGUUCUAUCAUAAUAGCUUAUGAACCCAGACGUUAUGAAUACUGUGCAUGAGGAUUUGAGAUACUUAGCGAUGGGUCCAUCACGAUAUGCCAAAAGGUUUUCUACAUUUAGUAUCAAUGGGUUCUCCUUUCGAACUACCAAUCGAGACAAUGGGUUAAAGACCCAGAAUAGUGGAGUUUUCUUAAUGUCUUCAACUCCUUGUGUUGCUAGCGCUAGUGAUGCUAAUGUUAGGAAUGCUGAUUUGUCAUAUUAUGGCAAAUUAGAAGAUAUUAUAGAACUAAGCUACAAUGGCCGAUUUUGGGUUACUUUAUUCAAAUGUAAAUGGGCUGACACCACUAGAGAAUGGGGCUGUAAAAAGGAUAGUUGGGGUUUUACUUCUGUUAAUUUUUCACGAGUAAUACACAGUGGUGACCGAGAGGAGGAUGAUCCAUAUAUUGAAGCCUCACAAGCUCGAAUGGUGUAUUUUGUCAAUAAUGAAGUGAAUAAAGAUUGGAGUGUUGUCGUGCAUUUGAAGCCAAGAGACUCAUAUGAUAUUGGGGGAAAUGAAGAUGAUGAAGCAUGUGAGAAUGAGCCAUGGUUAGAGCAAAACUUGGAUUCUUUAUUUGAAAAUGGUGAUAAUCUAUCAUUGUUAAGAGAUGAGGUAGAUGAUGAACUACUAGAUGAUGAUAUUGGAGAAGACGAACACAUGUCGGAAUAGUUAGUAGGUUAAAUUAAUUUAUGAUAUGCCAAAGCAAAAGAGGUACAAGAAUCUACUUAAAGCAACAGCAGCUGCAAAUUCUUCACAAGACAAGUCAAUUGCAGCUGCAAAUUCCUCCCGAGACAAGUCGGCAGCUUCAAAUGCAUCACAAGUCAAGUCCGCAGCAGCUGCAAA